AUGUCAACAGUGGAACUUUCGUGGCAAGUGUCCCGGGACACCGCGGUCCACCGGCUCCGGUUCGGUCAGGUACACGGGGCCAUCGACCAUUUCGCCGAAGCACUGCAGGCCACACCGUCCGAUGGCGAAGCACGAGAGCGGGUGCGGGUUGAGAAAGCACGAGCCGAGCUGGCGGCUUCCGGUCCGGCCCGGGCACUGGAGACACUGGCCAAGCCACAGAACUAUCCGGGCACGCUGGUGCAGUGCCGGGCUCUGUACGAUGCUGGUGAACUCGAGUGCCAUCUGGUGGCCGCCUCGAACGGCCACCGCAGCCAGAGACCCACCGGAGGCCACCGGCACCGGGACUUUGGGACGGAACUCGAUCUUGGUCGUUCGACGUUUGACCAUACGCUCGGGGAACGGGCCGGCCGGGCCUCGUUGCUGGAGUACCGGCACCGGUUUCCGGCGGUGGCCGCCGAACAGCGUGCGUUACGGGAAGCAUCCGAUGGGCGCCCACGGUGGCAGGUACUGGCCGAGGCCGGCGAAUGUGAUGCGAUCAGUGUACAGGAGCUGGUCCAACGGGAACCACCGAUCCGCGAACGGGCCCGACGGGCGAAGAACACCCAAAUUCUCGGCCAGCUGCAUCUCGGACGUGGUUGGGAGACCUGGUCGUUCGUUCGGGAAAUGCGCCCCGAAGGGCGGUACGGGAGUAUUGUGAACCUGCCGCAGACCAAAGACAGUUCCCGGGCGAUGGCAGCACUGGUUGAGGAUUGCUACGCGAAGAUAUCGGCCCAGGUGAAGCAGUCUCAAGCGUGCUACCCGUUGUACAGUCAGCGUUACGGACGAUUCGGACCGGCGGCGAAGAAUCGGCGGCAGUGGCACGAGAUCGACCAACUGCUCAAAUACCGCUACCGGGCGUACCGGGCCGUCUACCAGCAGUUCGAUCGUAUGCACGAGCUACGGGACCGGGGCCAGAGCGUGCAGCUGUUCCGGUUCGUUGGUGAAGUGUUGCGCGACUUCUACAAGAUCACCCCCGGCCGAGUGCUCCCGGAGAAGGGUAAGCUGGUCCGGGAGGUGUGCAACCUGGCCGGUCUGGCCGUAGUGGACGGGUUACGCAUUCCACCGACCCUAAUGGACGAAGCGCCGGACGAAAGGCUCUCGCUGCUGUUCGCCGUCCCACCGGCCAAGGAGCCGAUCGUGGUGGUGCCCGUUUUCGGUGACGCUUCGACGUACCGCGAUCCAACCGCACCGGAUCGUGGGUUCCUGCGGUACAAGGCCAAACUGGCGGAACUGGAGAGUUGUCACCAGCGUGCCGAAUACUCGAUCGAGCGCUGCUUUCUGGGCCACGAAAUGGCCCGGCUGCACCUGCGGAACGGUUGGCUGGACGACGUGAAGGUGAUGGGCAGCCGGAUCGCCGACGAAGCGAUCGCUUGCGGCAGCCACCUGUGGUGGCUGGUUGGACAGCUGACCUACGCCCGGGCCCUCUGCGCGCAGCAUCAGCUGGAGCAACUGGAACCGGUGCUGCUCGCCAUCGGUCAACACGUGCACCGUUCGCUGCCCGACGAGCGGGUUGCGUUUUUUGUCGAACUCGCCCAAAAGCUCACCAGGGAUUCGCUUGCCCGGAAGCGAAACCGAACCGGCUCGGUGGAGUUGACAGGCGACUUGUUGCAGGGUGACGACGCGUGA